UAGCUUGUGCUGGGAAAUAGUCAAAUCAAUAUGCAUGCCAGUAUAUACAGGAAUAGUUGCAAUAGUGAAUAUAUUUCAUUCGGAGCUAUUUUGACGUUACGCUUGAUUAAUAUGAUCUUCUAAGAAGACAUGAUCACCAAUUCGCCGAGAAAAAGAAGCACUUUAUAUACAAGCGCUAGUGGAUGUAAAUUGACGUUAUUUGGACUGUAGAUUGUGCAAUGACAAUAUCAGGACAAACACUGAAGAUCAAUAGCAAAUAAUUCAUAUAUAUUUAUCUUGACAGCCAUACAAAGGGAUACUGCAGUGGAACUAUUCAAAGAGAAACAUUGUAACAUCGUCCUUGUGCUUUAAAUUACUUAUCUUGAACUAGAUCGACAAUACAACAGAUCAGCUUGAAAGUUUUUAUCUAAAAAUUUACACUAGUGUUUAAAAUAUAUAUAAAUGGAGUGGAAAUAAUGUUUAAUAUUCAAUGGAAAGAUUUAAAUGUGGAUAUACAAUGAUAGGUGGGAAUAAGUCAAGAACGUGUAGAGUAUCACCAAUUCCUGAUAAAAUAAGUUUAGACGAUAAAGGCGUUAGCAUGAAGUAUUUUGCAGCAUUUACAUCUAUUCCUGGCAAUAUGAAUAACUUCCGGAGGGAAGAGAGAAAUUCGUGCCCGAUUUACACAGAAUGGCUAAAUAUGGCAAGGUCCCAUAACGGUAGGUCCAGUCUAAAGGAAAAGUUACAAGAAGAGUUCUUGUCGUGUAAGAUAUGCCUAGAACCCUACCAGCGUCCGAAAGCUCUACCGUGUCUUCACAGCUUCUGUAAACACUGUCUACAGGACUAUGUAAGACGUCACACUGGGCAUCGACCCGGUUUCUUCCCGUGUCCAAUGUGUCGCAAGGAUAUUCGCAUCCCUGACGGAGGGAUAGAUCAGUUUCAGGACAAUUUCUUACUGUUGAGUUUGUCGGAUACUUUAGAAGAGGACGAUGAUGUCCAGGUAUGGCAGGAUCCAUACCAGCAACAUCUUUCCCCACCUAGAAGCCUAGCCCCACCUACACCUUUAGAGGAGAAGUUGAAACAAUACGACUGGUAUUUUGGUAAAGUGAGCAGGAACGCAUCAGAAGAAUGGUUGUUGUCUACUGGUUAUCCAAAAGGUUCAUUCCUGGUUAGACAAGGCGAGGCAUCACCAGAUACUCUCACAUUGUCAGUGCGUGACUUGGACGAAUUACAGGGCUACAUAGUGAAACAUUAUAAAAUAUAUACUCACAGAACUGGCAAUCCUGUCAUAGAGUACUAUUUUAUAACGCUAAAACGAAAAUUCAGAUGUUUGAACGAACUCGUUAAACAUUAUUCAGAAUCGGCCGAUGGGUUGUGCUGUAAAUUGAGUCAGGUUUGUGGGAAGCCUCGUUCAUUGUCGUGGGCAUCAGAACGAGGGAAAGAUGAUGAUUAUACGUCAUCAAAGGAAACUGUUCAACUAACCAAGCGAAUAGGCAGCGGACAGUUUGCUGAU